GAUCUCACACUGGAUCCAAACACAGCAAACACUCGUCUCAUUCUGUCUGAUAACAACAGGAAGAUUACAAAUGUGAGAACGAAGCAGCCGUAUCCUGAUCAUCCAGAGAGAUUUGCUGAUGUUCCUCAGGUUCUGUGUAGAGAGAGUCUGACUGGAUGCUGUUACUGGGAGGCUGAAUGGAGCGGAAGUGCUGAAAUAUCAGUGACAUAUAAAGGAAUCAGCAGGAAAGGAGGGAAAAACUGUGUGUUUGGAUGGAAUGACAAAUCCUGGAGUCUGAACUGCUAUAAUAACAGAUUCAUUGUUUGGCACAAUACGAACAGCACUUAUAUACCUGUCCUCUGUUCAUCCAUUAAGAGAGUAGGAGUGUAUGUGGACGUGUCGGCCGGCACUCUGUCCUUCUACAGCGUCUCUGACACACACACACUCACACACUUACACACAUUCAACACCACAUUCACUGAGCCCCCCUAUGCUGGAUUUACAGUUCAUUAUAACUCCUCAGUGUGUCUGUGUGAUAUUAAACAACCUCCUGUGAGAAACAACAGUGAUACACACACAACCGGGUUCUCUGACCCCAAACCUUCUGGGCUCAAUAUUCACCCACUGCUGAACUGUCAGUCUUGUGUCCAUAUAGCUGAUUCUGAUCAGUGGGUUCAGAUUGAGCCGUCAGCCUGUACAGAUGAAGGAGGGUCAAAGUUCAGGGUCAGCACUGACCCAGGCCGUUACGAGUGUGUCAAGACCAGAAUGCGAUGGGUCUGUGACUGUGACGUCACCCUUCAGUACUGUACCGUAGACGGACACUUCCUCAACACAGAGCUGGAGAGGCUGCAGUGCAACCGGAUCGGUCCAGUGAUUGACAUGACGGUGAUCUCAGGGAAACUGGAGGAAGUUCAUCUGCCCCAUUACGCCUGUUUAGGAGAGUCUGACCCCUCUCUCAAAGAUGCUGUGAAAGUCCUCAGCAUAAAAGACGAGGGAAUAACCACAGAACCUGUGCAGUUGACCCGAUUCCAUGCUAGGAUUGUCAAACCAUCCUUCUCUCUUAAAACAUUAAUAAUAAGUUGGAUAAUGCGAGUGGAUGAACACUGCGAUCUUCUUCUCUACAUGCGAUCUAAAGCUCCUCUCAUUCUACAUGUCUACUUUUUUCCAUUUGAUGAUUGUGUGAAAGAAAAGGUUGAGAAGGAUGAAAAAUCAAGUUACCCAAUCAAGCAUCCCAGACCUGACAGACCACUUCGUAUGAAAACGCCACACAAUCUUGUCAUUCCUGGUGCCUCUAUUCAUCCCAAAGAAGGGAUCACACUCAGAAUAAAAACUCCCCCAAACUUCUUCAAGGUCACGACACGUCUGGAGACUGAUCUUCAAAUGACUCUUAUCAGAAAGGAGGAUAAGGAGGAGGUCUGGACUGCAACAAUUUUGAAAGAUGAACUUGAUCUGAUAAAUCCUAAGAGAGACGAGCCGAGUCUGAAUAGUGAAGCAGUGCAGAUGAGCAGUAACACUCCCACUGGAGACAGUGUUGGUGUAACAGCUGACACAGGUGCAAGUGUAAAUGCUCCUGUACUCACAAGAAACACUAUCACGGGCCCAGUACACAUCAACUACAGCUGAAACCCUGCAGUACACAAUGCGGCAACAAGGAUCAAUGAAGGCUCAACUACAGAGGACAGUAAAUCUGAAACUGAAACCAUCAUCCAUCACAUCAGGAAAUCCAGGAGUACAUCAUGUGCCACAUCCCCGUCUUCUGCUGGAUCUCUCACUGUUCUUCAGCCUCUGCUGGCUCGAGAGACCAACAACUCUCACAGAGAUGUACACAAACUUCUUAUGUCCAGUGGCACAACACUUUCUGUUGUGUUGAGACAUUAUACUUUGCAGUACGUUGGCAAUGAAGAUGUUAAACUACCUCGAAGAGGGGGUGAUAUAUAUUAGAAAAGAUUUUAAAACAUGAAGCACAUUGGAUUUACACUUUGAAUCCAUUAUAAUCUAAUGGUCUCAAUGAAGAAUUUGAUAUUCAGCCUUUGCUUUAAUUAUGUUAUUGAUCUGUAUGUGUGGAUUUAUUGCAUUAUGUUUUUUAUGUUGUUGGUAUUUUCUUUUGUUUUCUUGCAGUCAGUCAUUUUCUGAUUUAAAUUUUUUGAUUGAUAUUUUUUUACAGUCAGGUAUUUCUUGAUAUGUAUAUGUUUGUUUUCAGUUAAUUGAUGUUUUCACUUUUAUUCUAGUUAUGUGAAUUGUUUGUUGCUCUUUUUUUUUUUUUGUCAUGUGGGAUCAUGUGAUCUAGGUUUGUGUGUAUAUGGGCGUAUCAGUGUAUGGCUGCGUCCAAAAUCACAUACUCUCGAGUAGGUAAUUAUUUUGAAUGAGUAAUUACUUCACGGCCGAUAAAACAUAUGUUCUAUAUAAUAUGGAUUUGUGUAGCAUGAAUGUAAUCUGGACACACUAUAUUCGCCAUUUUUUCUUUAUCAUGUGACCUACUAGGGUCAGUUACAUCACUUCACUGCCAUUCAUAUAUCCUCUCCCAUGGCCUCAUGGGAUAGUAAAGUGUCUAUUAUAUGCAAACUUCAGAAUCUCGCCAGAUGUAGCAGGUCAUCCGGGUACAUUUUGAUGUUGUUUUAUGAGUACUGUGAAUUCAGACAUACUUCUUUUGUCUCACACUGUUUUUUACCCACUCAAUAGUAGGGAAGUAUGUGAUUUUAGAUGCAGCUCUUGUGGUCACUGACUGAUGAAGAGCCAUUAGGCUCGAAGCGUCACCUGUGGUGAGAACAUAAAAUAAAUAUUUUUCUAUUUUUGGUGAGCCAACUUUUCUGU